AUCUCAGCAUCUUUUAAAAUUGUUUUAGCAGUAAAAUGAGUAGAGAAUAUCCUGAUUUAACUCCACACUUAGAUCUCUAUAACUUUACAGACUCACUGGCAAUUGAUAGUCGAUAUGUUCUUACAAGCCCACGAUCAUUGGAGGCUUGUGCACGCCAUAAUAUUAAGCCUCUGCAGCUUUUGCCGAAAACAAAGAAAGAGUUUGUGCAGGGUUUAGCUUCAACAGAAUCUUACAACAAGGAUCUGAUUGAAGUUAUGUACAAAAAAAGUGAAAGAGAUAGACUGAAGCUUUUAAGAAUGUGUCGUGAGGAGCGCGAAAGGAUAAUUGAUGAACAAGCUUCACAUAAAAUGUUACAAGAUAAACUAUUACACGGAUACGAGGAAAGUGAUGAGGAAAGUAUUGAAGACAUCGAAGCUUUAGACACAUGGCAUACUCUAAAACCAGCAGAGCGAGAUGAGCGAACACCCAGGACAUCAACCAAAGUGAAACCAUCAAUACUUUCUUUCCUUGAUCCAGAGAGUAGUCCACGAUUCAGGCCGCAUAUCAGUCCAAGAACAUACGGUGCAACCUCAAAUGAAAUGUCGGCAAAAGAAAAAACAUUUAAUGUUCUUCCUGGAUCAGAUAGUGAUGAAGACAUCUGUAGCGGUAGAUACAGUCAAAGAAGUGUAAGAAUACAUUCGUGGAAGCCGACAUCUGCAACAAGACCUUCCUCUGCUGCAACAAGGAAAGUAAAAGACCUUAAUUUGUCGGAUGUGUCUGCAAACUUACCUGUAUCGUUGCAAAAGAAUCUGUCUCUGAUGUCUGAUAAGGACCGCAGACUGUUAGAAGUCAUGAUGUCAAAGGAAAAAGAAGAAAAGGAGAGUCGCAAAGUUUCUCUCUCUGGUGAAUUAAAUUAUUCUGAAGAAAUUCCUCAAAUGUCAUUAAUACAUCAGCAAAAAUUAAAGAAGAAGGAACAAAAGCAGAUAAACAAAUUAAAAGAACGAGAGGAAAGAAUGAAUGAUGUUCGAUUGAGAAAGGAAGCAAUUGAUCGAGAAGCUCAAUUACAUCGAGAGGCUGAGUUAAAUGUUAAAAAUUCAAAAUGGCAGAGAGAAUACAAUAAACAAAUGCAAAAAAAGACAAACCAGAUAUCAGAUGGAUCUUAUUACGAUCAUGCUGAGUUUGAAAGAAAAAAAAGGUUAGAACACGAUGCGUUGUUAAACGAUAUGGAAGAUAAAGAACUUCAUGCCCAACAAAGUUUUCAAAAUCAAAUGAAGAAGAAACGUUUACAAAGAGAUAAAAAGAAAAUAAAAGAGAUGGAACGCAAAGAACAACAAGAAAGAAAUCUGAAAGCAAUGCAAAAAGAUCUGGAGCUGUGGCAGAGAGAGCUAGCUGAAUUUCAGAACGUCAGUACAAAGCGGGUAGAUAACGUCGUAGACAGCAGGAAUGUAUCAAAAAGUAUGAAAGCUCAUAACAAAAGACUGCAAAAAGAACUCCACCAUCUCUCCGUGAAAGCCAAAGUCGAUGAAGAAGAGAGGUUACGACAAGAAGAAUUAAGAGCACUGAUAAAUUUAAAAGAUAAACGAUCGAAACUGAUACAACAAGAAAAAGAAGAAUACAGUAACAUGAGUCGCGGUGCAGCCAGAGCAUCUCGAGCAGUUCGUGAUGUGAUCAAAGAACAAACAUUUAGGAGUUCAUUCGCAGAAAUGGCGGCUGAAGCAGAAAAAGUGGCACGUAUCGAGAAACUUGGACAGCAACAUAAAAAACCUUCGUAUCUCGGUAGUGUAUCUAAAAACACUACGACUAUGUUAUUAGGUUGAAUAAUUUUUAAUUUGUAAAUAUAACAGUAUUUAUUCACAUGCGCAAGUGCUGGAGCUUAUCAUGCAGCGUGCUGGUUCAAAGAAAAUACAACGAUUUUCAAACUUA